GCCAGGCUAUGGACGCGUCAAACACCAGCACCACCGGGGAGUACACCAGUAACAGGACUAGCAGGAGUAUCCGUCCAAGAGUGGAAUUUCGGCACUCUACAGUUUAAUAGUGAUAACCCUACCGGUUGCACAGGUCCGAACCUUCCUGCAUACCAAGUCAAUAUCCAAGUAUCAGAUGUUUUCUGGGACCCACCAAUUGUUGCAGGAAUUCCAAAUGUCAUUGGAUAUACUGUAGCAAUCCCUCUAGCAGUCAUCACCAAUAAUUUCGUUAUUGAUUUAUAUGAUAUUCAACAAGAGGUUUUAGAAACACAAACACAGUAA